UUAGAACACAAUACACAUUACAGAUCUGUUGUAUUACACGACAGUCCUGUUUGUGUACAGCAGUGUGUUUGCUGAAGGAUGGUAACUUGAUAAAAGCAUAAAUGUAAAUGUAACUUUGCGUGUGUACUGUACAGUCGAGACGCGCACAGGUGAGUUUAGCGCAGGUGGGAGGAGCUGCUGAAAGGUAUUUGAGUAGUUGAGGAAGCAAAACACUCACUUUACUACAGACUGACGACUUGUUGAAACGUUUAACAUUUGGCAUAACUCAAAGCGUGUAUUUGUGCAUCCAAACACUUAGAGAGGGAGCGAUUUAAAAGAUUAAAAAGUCGCGCGCAAUGAGACAAGCCCCGAGGCAGCCGCUUUUUACGCACGACACGAUGUCCGGGACAAGGAAACAAUCCAGCACCGACUCGUCUGAUUCAAACCCUUUGGAUCGCUUGGGAAGCCCGAGACCGUGGUCUCCCACCUCUCGGAUUCCGCAGCAGGAUGGGCUCUACCUGGAUGCGGCAUUUCCCAUGACGAUCCAAUCCGACGUGGUGUGGAAACGACCCAAGGAGAUCUGUCAAAUUCCUCAGUUUAUCGUGGAUGGAGCCACUCGAAUGGACAUCUGCCAGGGAGUUUUGAAUGACUGCUGGUUCCUGUCAGCAGUGGCGUCUCUGUCGCUGCACCCUUCCCUUAUGGAUCGUGUCAUUCCCUCGGGACAAAGCUUCCAGCAGGGCUACGACGGCUCUUUCUUUUUUCAGUUCUGGCAGUACGGUGAGUGGAUUAAGAUACGAAUCGAUGACCGUUUGCCGACUCGUAAUGGUCAGCUGAUGUAUCUGCGCUCCACCAACAAAGAUGAGUUCUGGAGCGCAUUACUAGAGAAAGCUUAUGCAAAGCUGAACGGUGGUUAUAACGGCCUGAAUAUGGGUUUCCCUCACGAGGCGAUGGCAGACAUGACUGGUGGCAUCACGGAGGUUUUCACGGUGUCGUCUUCCUCGGAGCUGGGCUCCUUCCUGCAAUCUCUUCUCCAGAAAGGGGCACUCAUAAACUGUGGCAACUCUCAGGGUCCUCUUGAAAAGAGUAAUGAGUUUGGGAUUUUGUUCAGACAUGCAUAUUCUGUGACAGGAAUGGAGACGAUUCAAACUACCAUAGGUUCAGUUGAACUGGUGCGGAUUCGGAACCCCUGGGGCAACACUGAGUGGAAGGGACCCUGGAGUGACGAAAAAGGGUUUGAGUGGGGUAUGGUGAGCGCUGAGGAGCAGCGUCGCGUGCAGAGAGUCCAGCAGGAUGAUGGGGAAUUCUGGAUGGCUCUGUCUGACUUCCGACAGAACUUUGAUAUGAUGGAGGUGUGUCACCUCAGCGAUGACACGUUGAGCAUGGGCGGAGCCAUAAAGAACCCCUGGCAAUGCACUGCGCAUCACGGAAAAUGGAUCCCUCUCCAAGGGUCACCUCAGUUCAAUCUGACCCUUUUGGAGGAGGAUGAUGACCCCAGCGACCCUGAGCUAACAUGCUCGUUCCUGUUGGCCCUUAUGCAGAAACAUACGCGUCAGAAGGGAGUACUGCCUGUUGCAUUACAGAUAUUCAAGGCCCGAUCAGAGCGUGAUUACCUCUUCUCGCAGGAUCUGUCUCAGCUCAGUCCAGUACUCAGCAGUGUUAACGACAUUGGUUAUGUCCAACGGCGAGAGCUGGUGUUGCGUGGUCGCCUGGCACCAGGUCGUUACAUCAUCAUUCCCACAACAUCAGAGACCAAUCAGGAGGGAAAAUUCCUCCUGAGAGUUCUAACAGAGAAAGGCAACCAUACCAUACCUGUUCAGAGACCUGCAGUAGAUGCAAACACACCUACAGCGCCGCUGUCACCGUGUCUCACAGGACUCUUGUCCACAAAUGAGGCUAAAGACCUCUUCAUGAAACACUGCGCCAAGGAGUCUCACUGCAGGCCACUCGAUCUAUAUAACCUGCUGACUGAAGCCAUUGCAAAAGGAGUGUUUGCUGGUAGUGAGAAGAAACUGAGUUUGGAACACUGUAAGAGCUUCGUGGUGCUCAUGGACAGUCAAGGAAUGGGACGCCUCGACUUGACAGAGUUCCUGGCAUUGUGGGAAAAACUCAGGAGCUGGACAAGUAUUUUUAUGACAUUCGACAAAAACAAGAAUCAAGCGCUGGAGUAUCAAGAAAUCUCCCCCGCUUUAUCAGCAGCAGGCAUAGAGGUGGAUGAGUUCAUACUGCAGCUGAUCGGCCUGCGCUACACGGAGCCAGAUAUGACCAUCAGCUUUCCAGGAUUCCUCUUCCUGCUCAUGAAACUGUACAGCAUGAUGCGGAAGUUUCAGUCCUUUGAUGUGGCAGGAAUGGGAAUGAUUUCAGUAAACUGCAGACAGUUCCUUCAUAUGACCAUGUACAACUGAUCCCAGACCAGCUGUGGGACCCCUGCAGGGAACAACUCGACAUUCUUUAAAAAAACAGAUUCUGUAGUUUUAGUCCUGGAUACUGAUUGGUCAAUACAGGGUUACAGAUAUAGUAAAAUACACAAUAUAGUAGCAGCUAAGAUUCAAAACACCUGUAAAGGACUCAUGGAGGCAACAAUUAUUCUUAUUUUAUAUUUCAGGUAUAUUCUAGCAGAGGUAUGGCACUUAUGAAUUUGCUAAAUAAAAUUUAAUUUACAUUUAUGCAUUUGGCAGACGCUUUUAUCCAAAGUGACUUACAGUGCACUUAUUACAGGGGCAAUCCCCCCGGAGCAACCUGGAGUUAAGUGUCUUACUCAUGGACACAAUGGUGGUGGCUGUGGGGAUCGAACCAGCAACCUUCUGAUUACAAGUUCAUUGCUUUAGCCCACUACGCCACCACCACUCCAAUUAGAAAGUGUGUCCUUAAUGUUUUAUUAUGACGAAACCAUGUUAUAAAUCAAUAAGGCACUCAAGACCUUGCUAUACUGUGAAUAUAUUCACUCUACUAUGUGUUGUGUCUAACACAAGACUCAGUGGAGAUACACUUUAGCAGUGAUGCGUUCAUUAUAUAGCCUUGUACCUUAAUGCUUGGGUACAUUACUACAUUAAGUCUUUAAAGACAAUUAUAUAUAUAUAUAAUACAUAUUUAUAUAUAUAUAAAACAAUGAAAAGUGAAUAUACCAUUUUUACCUUAAAUGUCACAGUACUGUGCAACUGUUUUAGGCACAUAACAUGCGUCACAAAGCAUUUGUCUUAAGAUGGUUAUUUAUAUCUUCAGCUGUAGUGUGUCAAGAGGAAAUAUAAAUGUUAGACUCCCAAACGUUUCUUUUGCUAAUAGAAAAGAUGAGAAGAACAGGGAGCCCUGCAACAGAUGUCAUGGUCCCCACAGAGCCCCCCCCCACUGAAUAUUGAGUCAGUCAAGAGAAGCUUGAACAUCCUAUCUGCCAACAACCAUGAAAAACUGUGUCCGGGUGUAUCUAGGAGAAUUGGGGCUUUUUUUUAAAGGAAAAGGUGGUCACAACAAAUAUUGAUAUAGCUUUUUUUAUGCUUACUGGACUUUGUAUGAUGUUAAUUGAUAAAUGAAAACUAUUUAUGUCAUUAUUUCUGAAGACAUCCUCACUAUGCAACAUUAUUCCCAAGUGCCUAAAACUUUUGCACACUGCUGUAUUUCUGAUUUUAUUGGUGUAAUCUAUGUAAUGUAGUCAGGUGGAUUUAUUAUUUUUGACUUGAAUAAAACAAGCAUUUAUUAAUACAAAUAUGACAUUCCUUGACACUUUUCAUAUUUUAUUGCUUCAAACUACACCAAAUGUUCGUAAUUACGGUAAUUUGCGAUUAAAGUAUGUGUUGUU